CUGCACAUUCUUAAAAAAAAAGAAAGGACUGUUCAGAACAUUUUGCUUCAAACAAAAACAAUGAAGACUGAGAUGAGAUUGGGAGUAAUUAUUCUCCUUUGUAAGGUAUUUUUGUGUGGACUUGCGGAGGAGUCUGUAUGUACUCCUGGCUUUGAGUCGGAGUUGCUGGUUUUUAAAGUGCAGAGAGAUCACCUUUACAAGGGGAAAACACUAGGAAGAGUAAAUUUUAAUACGUGUGAUGGAAAAACAAGAAUACUCUUUCAGUCUGAUGACAAGCGGUUUGAUGUGAACAUGGAUGGCACUGUAACACUGAAGAGAUCACUGACUCUUCAUGAGGGUUAUGAGGUGUUUACUGUGCACGCUUGGGAUGCCAAUGGCAAGAAGCACACUGUAUCUAUCAGAGUUGAAUAUGUCGACCAUCUUAAGGGGCAUCAGAUGGAUACAGUCAUGAACAUCUCUUCAAAGAUGAAACCUCACUUUGAUGAUAUGAUUCUGACUUUUCCAAAGUCUUCAACGGGUCUAAAGAGAGCAAAGAGAGGUUGGGUUAUUCCUCCAGUCAAUAUACCUGAAAACAGCCGAGGUCCUUUCCCAAUGAAGCUGGUCCAGAUAAAAUCAGACUUUGCCCUGGAAACUCAAAUGGUAUACAGCAUUACAGGUGAAGGAGCGGAUCAAGAUCCAAAGGGGAUUUUUACUAUUGAAAGAUUGACAGGGAAUCUCUAUGUGACUCAGCCACUCAAGAGAGAAAAAAAAGCUUCAUACAGACUUAUAGUUCAUGCUACAGGACUUGGUGUGAAUAUAGCAGAAAAACCAAUGGAAAUUGUCAUCAGUGUGAUCGACCAGAAUGAUAAUAAGCCUGUGUUUACUCAAAAUCCUUUUAAUGCAAAGAGAGGUUGGGUUAUUCCUCCAGUCAAUAUACCUGAAAACAGCCGAGGUCCUUUCCCAAUGAAGCUGGUCCAGAUAAAAUCAGACUUUGCCCUGGAAACUCAAAUGGUAUACAGCAUUACAGGUGAAGGAGCGGAUCAAGACCCAAAGGGGAUUUUUACUAUUGAAAGAUUGUCAGGGAAUCUCAUGGUGACUCAGCCACUUGACAGAGAAAAAAAAGCUUCAUACAGACUUGUAGCGCAUGCUACAGGACUUGGUGUGAAUAUAGCAGAAAAACCAAUGGAUAUUGUCAUCAUUGUGAGCGACCAAAAUGAUAAUAAGCCUGUGUUUACUCAAAAUCCUUUUAAUGGAAGUGUUCAUGAAGCUGCUGAAAUAGGCUAUGAGUUUAUGACGGUCACAGCCACUGAUGCAGAUGACCCAAAUGAGUACAAUGGUAUAGUCAGCUACGCAAUUGUCAGCCAAGAGCCGCAACUUCCAAAAACAAACAUGUUUGAGAUCAACAAUUCAACUGGAAUCAUUCGUGUGCGAGAACUAGGCAUGGACAGAAAGCAAUGGCCCAGAUAUACUUUGUUAAUUGAAGCUGCUGACAUGAAUGGAUAUGGUUUGUCAACCAAUGGCACCGCUGUUAUUACUGUUACUGAUGACAGUGAUAAGGAACCUCACUUUGAGCAAACCUCGUGGUUUAGUUUUUGUUUUGUUUAGCACAAGCCUGUCACUGAGAAGAAACUGCUUCUUACUGAUGAAGAUGAUUCUGGAUAGCCUGCCUAGACUUCAAGAAGAAACAAUAAUGCAAUUGUGUGUGGAUUUUAUUUUAUUUUUUUAAUCAUUUUAUCGAGUCUUGUUUGAGAGUCUUAUGUAAGGAAUACAGUAACAGUGAUUGCUCAUUAAUUAUCGGCUUCCAGAAUGGAAACAUGCUCAUUGUUUAUUGUUCCAUUAUUUCCUAAUAUUGCUUACAUUGUAUUUGUUAAUUAUAUACAACUUUAUAAUUCACUAAUGAUUAUUCAUAGGGGUAAGCAUCAAUGUACAUCAAUUUUACGUAAUUUCCUCUUUUUUUUAACUCUUAUGCCCAGUUGCAAAGACAAAGCUUAAGCCAGACUAAAAUGCAUGUGUGAGCUGUCUUAACUGAAAGCAACUUCUACUGACAUGUCAUGACCAGUGCCAUUGAUUUGUAUCAAGUUGCACACCAGUAUGUUAAUUAUUAUUAUUAUUAUUUUCAGCACGUUUUUAAAAUGACUUAAACAUUCUAAUUUAACUAAGGCCUUAUCCUGGCUUAAUCUAAGCCCUGUCUGUAAAACCAGGCCUUAGUCCUCAUCUCACAACAGAUUUUUUUUCCCCCCAGCAUAUUUUCAGUUGACUUUUAUAAAAUCACAAGAAGUAUUUCAUCUUUAUUUACUUUUGAAGUGUUUGCCUUAUGAUAAUGUUAUAAAAUUCAUUUGCAUCUGU